AUGUUAACCAACCACGGGUUGAUCAAUCUAAAGGGCAAGUUAGAGCGGUAUGGUGACAUUCUUUGUGCCGUUACUCAAUUAGAUUACAAGCUGCUAGUUUACUCGGUGGUGCAUAAUUUUUAUUGUUCAGUGUUGUUAAUGCUGGAAUAUUUGGUGCGUGUGAUACUGAGAUAUUUUGAAGCAGGUGGUUGGCAGUAUAGGUUCAUUGGUGACUGA